AUGCCGAUGAAACAAACUCUCGUGAAACCAAGAUCAACACUGAACAAAUCCGAAAUAAAUUCCCGUGAUGCUAACUAUGCAAUGGAGACACAGAAUAUCAUUAACGUGAUAACUGGGAAUAUAACGAAAUCGAACAAGUCCUUCAAAUCUACCAUAAUAAUUUUGGCACUAAGUGUCAUUUCUCCCGAAAUAAUUGAGUCUACCGAGGAAGCAGAACAAUCCGAUUCGAGCCAACGAUCAUUUUCAGCCGUUGGUAUUCUUAAUCUUGGGGCGGGAAAACGUAGUAAAGAUAUAAUCAAAAAUUAUUAUCGUAGAAUUAAUGAUUUAAAAGGCAGUAAAUUAGAUCAAAUAAGUGCUUGGAUUGAUAGCAAACCAGUUAAUAGUGAGUAG